AUGUAUCGCUUCAUCCUACUUAUUUCAUUACUGGCAUGCGCUCACGGGAUGACAAGAGCGCAAGUAAAAAAAACAAUGGGGCUACUGAAAAAUCAAUGCAUGCCGAAGAAUUCAGUUACCGAAGAUCAGGUGGCAAAAAUAGGAGAAGGUUUUUUUCCAGACGAUAAAAAUGUUAUGUGCUAUGUUACCUGCAUCUACAAGAAUAUGCAAGUGAUAAAGAAUGAUAGACUGGAUGAGGCACUAGUGACAAAACAAGUAGACAUACUCUAUCCUCCAGAUUUGAAAGUAGCAACGAAGAACGCUGUUGUAAUUUGCAUACAUCACCAGGACAAAUACAACGAUGUGUGCGAGGGAGUAUAUGCUGCAGUCAAAUGUUUAUAUGAGACGGACCCACCGUCAUUUAUUUUCCCGUGA